GUUUGAUGCCGUUACAGACUCUUUCGUGGCAAGUAACAAUAAAGCCUUGUUGCGCUCGCACUUGCAUGCUCACUUCACACACACUCUGCUCCAUUCUUCCUUCUUCUUCGAUCCAAAACCAAAAUGGCCAAAGACCCAGUUCGUGUUCUUGUCACCGGUGCUGCAGGACAAAUCGGGUAUGCUCUUGUCCCUAUGGUUGCUAGGGGAGUGAUGCUGGGUCCUGACCAGCCUAUGAUCCUCCACAUGCUUGACAUUCCACAUGCAGCCGAAUCACUGAACGGCGUUAAAAUGGAGUUGGUGGAUGCUGCAUUCCCCCUUCUUAAAGGUGUUGUUGCUACAACUGAUGUGGUUGUGGCAUGCACCGGUGUUAAUAUUGCUGUGAUGGUUGGUGGGUUCCCUAGAAAAGAAGGCAUGGAGAGGAAAGAUGUGAUGUCCAAAAAUGUCUCUAUUUAUAAAUCCCAGGCUUCUGCUCUUGAAAAGCAUGCUGCUGCAAACUGCAAGGUUCUGGUAGUUGCUAACCCAGCAAACACCAAUGCAUUAAUCUUAAAGGAAUAUGCUCCUUCGAUUCCUGAGAAAAACAUUACUUGUUUGACUAGACUGGAUCAUAACAGGGCACUGGGUCAAAUUUCAGAAAGACUGAAUAUUCAAGUUUCUGAUGUAAAAAAUGUUAUAAUCUGGGGUAAUCAUUCCUCAACUCAAUAUCCUGAUGUCAACCAUGCAACUAUUAAAACCCCUGCUGGGGAAAAGUCUGUUCGUGAACUUGUUGCUGAUGAUACCUGGUUGAACUCGGAAUUCAUAACUACCGUCCAACAACGGGGUGCUGCAAUUAUUAAAGCUAGAAAACUUUCAAGUGCACUAUCUGCUGCUAGUGCUGCUUGUGACCACAUUAGAGAUUGGGUUCUUGGAACUCCUGAGGGAACAUGGGUAUCCAUGGGAGUUUAUUCUGAUGGAUCGUACAAUGUACCGGCUGGACUUAUCUAUUCAUUCCCCAUAACCUCUCAGAAUGGUGAAUGGAAAAUAGUUCAAGGACUUUCAAUUGAUGAGUUCUCAAGGAAAAAAUUGGACUUGACAGCAGAAGAGCUUUCUGAGGAGAAGGCUUUGGCUUACUCAUGCCUCUCUUAGAUUGCUUGUUUCUUUGCCUAGUGUCGUAGGUUCCCUUGUUUAUCUACUCAAUUUUGAAUAAUGCUCCUCUAUGAUAAAGAGAAACUAUGAAUGGAUGGAUCAUGAAGUGCUCUCUAUGCAAAUUGCUUGUAAUGUCUAGUCCUUUCUAUGAGGAUAUUUGAGCUUAUGUAUUUGGGCAUGAUGGUAUAAAUAGGCCACAUGCUGCAAAAUUUAGUGGUGUUUGGUGCGAAUGCUAUAAUUUUACCCGAAUGCAUUUAAUUUUAGUUUUUGCUUUUA